CGUAUACACACGAAGCAGGUUAACGUUCGGAUUUUGGAUCAAAUGUAUGAAUUGCAUGUGCCCCAAUAUGUACCUGAUGAGAUCCACCGGUUGAUCGCUGAUAUUUUAAUAGAAUAUCAAGGGGCGAUUAGCGUGUCCGAUGCCGAUAUUGGAUUAUCUGUGGUCGUUCAGCAUGAGAUUCAGACCGGGAAUCAUUCCCCAAUCCACUGCAAGCCAUACCGAUACUCGUUGACAGAGCGCAAGACGGCCUUGCAACGAAUCAGGGAAUUUGAGGCAAACGGAUGGAUUGAGCCUGCCAUCGGUCCCUGGUCGUUCCCAGUUGUGUUGGUUCCUAAAAAGAACGGGUCAGUCCGCAUAUGCAUCGAUUAUCGAAAGUUAAAUGAUAUCACGAUUAAAGAUGUGUAUCCCCUUCCCCGGAUUGAUGAUCUACUUGAUGCGAUCGGGUGUGCUAACUACUUCAGCAAGUUCGACAUUCGGCAUGGGUUUCUUCAUAUCUUGGUGAAAGAAGAAGAUCGGCCCAAGAUUGCCUUCGUUUUGUUUGAAGGCACGUGGCAGUGGGUUCAGUGCCCGAUGGGAAUCUGCAAUGCGCCUGCCACGUUUCAGCGGGCGAUGAACGUGACUUUUCAGAAUUUCGUCAAUAAGACGCGGCUGACUCAGGGGAUGAUUAACUUCUGUGUCAUUGUGUACAUGGAUGACAUUCUGGUGUACUCGGACACAUUGCACGGACACGCGCAACACAUCGAGUGGACGUUGGGUGCGUUGAGAGACGCAUGUUUCAAGAUUGCGCUGGAGAAGAGCGAGUUUUUUCUCCCGGAAAUCUCGUUCUUGGGGUAUGUGGUGACACGUGGAGGCCUGCGGCCGGACUCUCGAAAAGUCGAGGCGGUCAAAGAGGCCCCGGUUCCGACCUCAUUGACGCAGGUUCGAGCCUUUUUGGGCAUGGCCUCGUAUUACCGGCGGUUCAUCAAGGGGUUCGCGGCUAUAGCAAGGCCUCUGACAAACCUGCUGCGAAAAGAACAGCCCCUUCAUUGGGAUGACGAAUGCGACCAGGCCUUCGGGGCCUUGAAGGAUGCUCUCGUCACGGCCCCGAUUCUGAUCCGGCCGGACCCCUCUCGACAGUUUAUUCUCAUCACCGAUUGGCAUUCGGAGGCUAUUUCGGCCAUCCUGGCGCAGAAGGGAAACGAUAGGAAGGAGCAUGCCAUUGAAUACGCUUCUCGGACGGUGUCAGAUGAGCGACGAAACGAUUCCGCACCACAAGGAGAAUGCUAUGCGGUAGUGUGGGGUAUCCAACACUUCCAUCCGUAUUUGUACGGUCAGAAGUUUCUGCUCGUCACCGACCAUGAACCUCUGUUGGCUCUGAAAAAGCUAACCAACUACACGGGCAUGAUCGGACGAUGGGCGGUGCGGUUGCAAGAAUAUGAAUUUGACAUUGUUCAUCGAAAAACGGAAAGACACGGCAACGCCGACGGACUGAUACGUUUGCACCGACCCGUGCAUCCAGGCUGUCGGAGGCUUUUCACCCAGGAGCUUACGGUCCCAAUUGCGCAGCUGGCCGACCAUCUUGACGUCAGCAUUGUCUCUCAGGUCGACCCUCGCUUGGUGCCCCACGCCACCUCGCGCACGCUAUCGGCGUAUCUUCAGUGGUCAGCUUGUGUGGAGGGCUUCCCAUCGAGAAUUCCGCCUUCACGGUUGGAUUACUUGGAUCCGCGCGAUAUCGUGGAUCCCGCUUUCCACAGACCGCCGUGUGAAGACGAAUUGGAGGAGAUAAUCCGCGAGGAGCUCGCAGAAGAAAGUUUGGAGGAAGAGGAGGAGAAUCUGAACGAAGAUGAAGGGGAGCCGACACAGCGACGAGAAGCAGACGAAGACGAGCUCCUGCAAACAGAGAGCGAAGAGGAAGCAGAAGAAGAAGACAACGAGCAAGGGAGCGGUGACAACAACGACGAGGAGCACGCCAACGAGGAUCCCCUGCUAGAGAUUGCGCCGGUUGCUGAUCUUCCGAUCAACAACGAUCCAACGCUCGACCCGGAGCCACCUCAGCCAAACGACGGCCAUGUGGCCCAGAUGGCUGGGCCGUGGAAUAGGAACCGGACUGAUGCUCUCCAGAAUGGAAAGGAGCCAGAACCGUGAGGUUCUGUUUUUGGAGGAGGGAAAAAAGCAUUCCCCCAACACAACACACCCCAAUUUCACCUUUCACUACCUACCUACCACUACUCCUAAGCCAAUACAGGGGACGCCUGCAAGCAUAGCUACCUCUGCAUGUUGCCCCCUGCCCUUAUCGGUGGUGGUCAGGGAGUAGGGUGGGGCCACCGGUGGGGGGAGGGGGUGCUAAGGCAAAGACCAAGCAUUUUGCGA